AUGGCAGCUGCGGGGUCUGUGAAGGCGGCGCUGCAGGUUGCCGAGGUGCUGGAAAGCAUCGUGAGCAAGUGCUUGGGGCCUGAAGGGCGGCAAGUUCUUUGUACGAAGCCCACUGGCGAGGUACUGGUCAGCCGGGAUGGAGGCCGCCUGUUGGAGGCGCUCCACUUAGAGCAUCCCAUAGCCAGGAUGGUGGUGGCAUGUGUUUCCAGUCAUCUCAAUAAAACGGGAGAUGGUGCUAAAACAUUUAUUAUCUAUUUUUGCCAUUUGCUCAGAGGACUUCAUGCAGUCACAGACAAAGAAAAGGAUUCUUUGAUUUCUGAGAAUAUUCAAACCCAUGGAAGGCAUUGGAAAAAUUGUUGUCAGUGGAAAUUUAUUUCUCAAGCUCUUCUAACGUUUCAGACACAAAUAUUAGACUCCUUUAUAGCCCAAUGCUUAAGUAAACACUUUUUGUCAAUCUUUUCUUCAUCCACUAAAGAGAGAACACUGUGUAGGAGCUCUCUAGAGUUGCUCUCAGAAGCAUACUUCUGUGGAAGAGUGGCAAAAAAUAAUCACAAAUUUAUUUCACAGUUGUUGUGUGACUACCUGUUCAAGUGUGUGACUUAUAAAAGUGAGAUUGAAGAAGUAUUUGAGUUACUGGAUGACUGUUUUGUUGAGUUAAACAUUGGUGUUGCUGGCCUUCCAGUUUCAGAUUCCAGGAUCAUAGCGGGACUUGUACUGCAGAGAGAUUUUUCUGUGUACUGCCCAGCAGAUGGUGACAUACAAACAGUGAUAGUAACAGAAACCAUUCAGCCUCUUUUUUCAGCAUCUGCAUCAGAGUUUGUUUUCAAUUCAGAAGCACAAUUUCAGGCAUCUCAGUUUUGGAUUAUGGAAAGGACAAAAGCAAUAAUGAAAUCUUUACAGAAUCAGAAUAUAAAAUUGCUCUUAUCUAGUGUGAAGCAACCAGAUUUAGUUAUUUAUUAUGCAAAACUGGGUGGCAUAUCAGUGGUGGAGUGUUUAUCAUCAGAAGAAGUUUCUCUCAUUGAGAGAAUCGUUGGUCUUUCUCCUUUUGUACUACCACAGAUCUGUUCACAGCAUGACAUCUGUAACACUACCUUGGUGAAAUUUUGUAAGCCCCUUAUCCUUAAAUCGAAAAGGUAUGUGCAUCUUGAGUUGAUUAGCCCUUGUUUGUUUCUACCACACUGUAUAGUUCUUUGUGGACCAGUGCAGGGUCUUGUUGAACAACAUAAGGAUGCUUUACAUGGAGCAUUUAAAAUGCUUCGACAGUUAUUUAAAGAUCUUGAUCUAAGUUACAUGGCACAAGCCAACAACCAAAAUUAUACAUCAACUCCUCCUAUUUAUAAGAAUAAUAGAGAAAAUCAUCUGUUAAAAGAAAUUGGUAAUGACUCAAUACAAAGGCCAUAUCAGGGCACUGUUGUAAAGAACAAAGAUGAACUGGCAACUUUUCAAAAACAUUUAGUAGUAUAUUCACAUUUGGAAAUUCCAAAUGUAGAAUUAGAAACAUACAGUCCAUGUUCAACUCCAAAACUGACAUCAGCAGAUACCUACCAAACAGAUGACAUAAUGACAUAUUUAUCUCAGAACAAAGCCAGGAAAAUUGAUGACCAUGAACCAUUCAUUGAGAGUAAGGUCAUUGCUAAUUCAACAACAGAAAACACUAAAUUAGAAAUGUCUGAUGAAAAUGUACAGGUCACAAAAGAUGUUGGCAGAAGGAAUGUGUUACCAGUGAGGUGUAAGUCACUAGAGAGUUACCGUUCCUCAUCUAUCCCAGCAGGCUGUGUUUUGCCAGUGGGUGGUAAUUUUGAGCUCUUGUUACAUUAUUAUCUUCUGAACUAUGCCAAAAAAUGCCAGCAAUCAGAGGAAACCGCAGUUAGUAUGAUAAUAGCUAAUGCACUUUUAGGCAUUCCGAAAGUCCUUCAUAUGAAUAAGAAAGGAAAUGACAGCUUUCCUCGGAUAUAUGUAAGAAUGCUCCAUGCACUGCAAACCAGUCAGCCCAUGGUAAGCACUCACACAGGCUUGGAAUCAGUAGCUGGUAAAUACCAGUUGCUAACUUCAGUUCUUCAGUGUUUGGCAAAAAUUUUAACCAUUGAUCACGUAAUCAGUAUUAAGAGACAACCUCAGAGGGUUUAUGAUCAAGAUUCAGAAGAUGACCUAUAA